CGACGACGCGACGCAGUGCCGCAGUAUCCGCGGGCCCCGAAAUACUUACGGUCCGCUCUGGUUCGCGUCUGUUAUGUGCGUUAAUCGUCCGCACCGCCACCAGCACUACUCUGCCAGGGACGACACGCUUGGAACAUGUGGUCGAGAUGCGUCCUGAUAUUAGGGAUAUGUUACUUAACCGUAAAAGCUGGUGUUGCAGUUCGUCAUUUUGAAAACAGUUAUUCACAAGCUUACGAUUUUACUGGUAGACAUCAGUAUAAUAUAAAUCGACCACCUAGACAAACUGUAAGAGAAUCUUUCCACUUUCCAACAAGUGAUAAUCAGGAUCAUGCAGGGUAUAGCGAUGUUACAUACCAAGAAGAAGGUAGAAGCGCUAAAUCGGGUAGACGUGCCAAAUUACCAGCCGAGUUCCAAGGACCUCUACCUGAGGAACAGACUGAAUAUCCGCCUGUCGGUUCGGAAGAAGCUCGAUAUUUAUCUCCACAAGCCAUAGCCAAAAUUUCAGAAACUCUUGGCGCUAUCAACACUGUGGGGAGGUACCUAGUUAAUUACACACGGGGAACCACGGAUGAUCGACUUGACAACCCACAGAGUUAUCCAGUAAGAGAAGGUUUGCAGAAACAAGGUGACCUGCCAACUGCAAUAUUCACUAUCAGCAAGAACGUGCUUGGUCGAAAUAUGACUGACAUGGUGGUUAAGCCCUUGGUGAGUCUGGGUUCAGGCAAGGUGGUGUCGCAGGACAAUAGACCGUGCUCUACACCGGAUGGUUCUCAGGGAAACUGCGAAGACCUUAGCAACUGCCCACAGCUGUUGCUCAACUUAGGGCAUCUUAGACAAUCUAUAUGCUUUAAGAAUCUGUUCGUGCCAGGCGUGUGUUGCCCAAAAAAGACAUCUGAACAACAAGUUCCUGAAAAACCUUCGAAACCUGAACACUUUGUGACUCAAACUACAGUCACUAGACCCCCAAUAAACACUCGGCCACCCUCGGCCACUCGACCACCACCAGCUAAUAUUAUCACGUUGUCUACUAAAGCACCAAUACAAGUAGCAACCAAACCAACUACAAGUUUGGUGUCUUCUAAUAAUAUUGAUGAAGACUGUGGACGACCUGAAGUACCAAAGUUCCGAGUAGUCGGAGGAGACGAAGCUUUACCAGGUCGAUGGCCAUGGAUGGCUGCUAUAUUCUUACACGGUCCCAGGAGAACUGAAUUUUGGUGUGGAGGCUCAUUAAUUGGACCAAGACAUAUUCUUACAGCUGCUCAUUGCACACGAGAUAAUAGACAAAUGCCUUUCAAUGCCAGACAAUUUACAGUUCGACUGGGUGACGUAGACCUACGCAGGGAUGACGAGCCUUCGUCUCCCGAAACAUAUUAUGUUGUCGAAGUUCGUGGACAUAACAAAUUCUCCAGAGUUGGUUUUUAUAAUGAUAUUGCAAUCCUCGUAUUAGAUAGACCUGUGAAAAGGAGCAAGUACACAAUACCUUUGUGUUUGCCUCCUAAAAGUUCUAAGUCAGAUACUUUUGUUGGACAGAGCCCAACAGUUGUAGGAUGGGGUACUACGUACUAUGGUGGUAAAGAGAGUACUGUACAAAGACAAGUUGAUCUACCUGUAUGGAAUAAUAACGACUGUGACAGGACUUAUUUCCAACCAAUCAAUGAAGACUUUAUUUGUGCAGGAUUGAAAGAAGGAGGAAAAGAUGCUUGUCAGGGAGAUUCUGGAGGUCCACUAAUGCUAAAAAAAGAUGGUAGAUGGAUACAAAUUGGUAUUGUAUCAUUCGGUAACAAAUGUGGUGAACCUGGCUAUCCGGGUGUAUAUACAAGGGUCACUCGAUACUUGGAUUGGAUUAAUGAUAAUAUUAAUUGAUCAUAUUCUGAAUAAGCGUCAAUGAUAAAAUAUGUAAAGUAAUAAACGAUAGCGUAAAUGCCAAACUUAUGUACCUACCUAUAUUUAUACAUGUAUUUUAAAUAGAGAUAUUACAAGAUU